GCCAUCUGCACUCCACCUUUUAUUCCCCGUAGCCCCGGAUCUUGCUGCCUCGCACACACGAGUUUGUUUCCGAUUUCUUCCCGUAUUCACCCACCUUGUGAACUGCUCGUUUACGCAUGGAGCCCGUCGAAGAGGCGGCCCUCAAGGGCCCCACCCCACGGGGUUGGAGGGCAUGGACCAUGAAGAAGAAGCUCAUCAUGUUUGGGGGCAUCUUGGCCGGGAUUAUCGCCCUGGCGAUUGGGCUGGGCGUGGGACUGGGCGUGGGUUUGGGCGGCGGCGGAGGAGGAGAGGAUGAAGAGGGGGGAGGAGAGACGACGACACCGCCGACUUCAGGCAACUACACGUCGGCCAAGUGGAAUCCUACCGCCGGGACCACCUGGCAGAUCGAACUGCUGUAUCCGUUGAAUGAUACCUCGGUGGAUGUGGAUGUCUACGACAUUGAUCUGUUCGACAACAACCGCUCCACCAUUACUGCCUUGCAGGAUGCCGGUCGCAAGGUCAUCUGCUACUUCUCGGCCGGUAGCUACGAGAACUGGCGCCCGGACAAGGACGAUUUCAAGAAAGCCGAUCUGGGAAGCAACCUGGAUGGCUGGCCGGGCGAGAAAUGGAUCAACAUCAGUUCUCCGAGUAUCCGGAGCAUCAUGCUGGGGCGUUUGGAUCUGGCGAAGAAUAAGAGCUGUGAUGGCAUCGACCCGGACAAUGUUGAUGGAUACGACAACUCCAACGGUCUGGGACUGACCCAGGCGGAUUCGAUCAAUUACAUGAACUGGAUGGCCAACGAGGCACACGCGCGCAACAUGUCCAUCGGACUGAAGAACGCGGGGGCCAUUAUCCCAUCCGUCAUCAACAACAUGCAGUGGAGUGUCAACGAGCAGUGCGCCGAGUACGAGGAGUGCGAUACCUAUGCCGCCUUUACGCAGAAGAACAAGCCGGUCUUCCACAUCGAAUACCCUAAGGGCGAUGACACCAACAAUAAUCUGUCCGUGAGCUCGAGCGAGAAAGAAAGUGCAUGCACCUUUACCGGCUCUGGCAACUUUUCCACGGUGAUCAAGAACAUGGACUUGGACAAUUGGAUUGAGACGUGUUAGCCAUACCAGCGAAUGCAUUAGCAGCUGAAGAUGUGUCACAGGAGAUGUAUCUAGCAGGCGCCGGAGUU